AUGGCAUUAAACCUGGAGAAACAGCUCCUGUUCUAUGGAGCAUAUCAUCAUGAUCCAGUCAACAUCGGCAUCCACAUCACUUUCGUGCCCAUCUUACUCCUGACCGGCUUCCUCUUCGGAACCAACAGCCCAGCCCUCCCAACCCCAGACUGGCUGACAAUCCCGAACUUGCCACUCAACCUCGGCACAAUCGCCUGCUUCAUCUACUCCUCGCUGUACAUCCUGAUGGAACCCGUGGCAGGCGCAAUGCUCGCCCCUCUCCUCGUAGGCGGAACCGCCUACGCAAACCACUUGACAUCAGCCUACGGCAUGAAAGCAAACUACAUCGCCAUCGGCGUCCACAUCGUCUCCUGGCUCGUUCAGUUCGUCGGCCACGGAGUCUUCGAGGGACGCGCACCAGCUUUGCUUGACAACUUGGUUCAAGCGAUUUUCCUUGCGCCGUUCUUCGUCUGGCUGGAAGUGCUGUUCAUGCUUGGCUAUCGACCAGAGCUGAAGGCUAGGCUGGACAGUAAUGUGGAGAAGGAGAUUGCGAAGUUCAGGUCUGAGAAAGAGGGCAACAAGGCGAACGGUCCUGCUAAAGCGAACGGCUCCGCCAAUGGCCAUGCCAAAUAG